AGCAGCACCUGGGGCUCCUAACCCUCAAUCAUUCUCGAAAUUGUUUUGUUUUGAUUUUCAUUUCGGAGCAAUCGUGAAUUUAAAAAAUGGAGAGUGCAGAGGAGCAGGGAGAGGGUGACAAUGGGUUAUCAUCGACAAUUGUUGAACCAGGGGACGUCGAUGAGGAUGAGAUGAACACUAUGAGGGGUGAUACUGUUGGAGAAACCGCCUACAGUGGCAGUUGGAUUCUAAAAACACUGAUUUCCCUGUCAAAGCUUCCAGAAGAGGUGAAAUGGUCCACUGACAUAGAAGAAGAUUUAUGUUACUUGUGGGACAUGACUGCAGAGAAGGACGUCGUAUCAUUUAUGAUUGAGAACCAGUUUUUAUCCAUUGCAGAGCAUGUUUUAGACAACUCCACGGAGGAGAGACUGACGGAAAUAAUCGUAGGAAUCACCGGAAAUUUAUGCUGUCAGUCUGAUAUUUUGUCUCGAGUAGCGGAAAACUCAGAGCUCGUGGAUUCGUUACUGAGUAUACUGCUCAGCAACGACACUGAGACAUUAAUUCAAGUCCUGAGGAUACUCCAGGCUGCAGUAUGGAAUCUCCAGAGUGAAAAUUGGAGUUCAAAGUGGUUGGAGAGCUUGAAGCAGUGCAAAUUCCUUGGCGACUCCUUGAUAUUCAUUCUAAAAAGUUCUACGAAUGAAAAUCUGGUGAUAGCUACACUAACUCUCCUGCAGUCCAUCACCGCCAUCGAAACUGAAAACUCCCUCCUCUUCAAAGAAACCUUCGACAUGAAGUCCCUGUUACCAGCCCUAGUGGAAGCAUUCUCCCAACUAAUCCCACAAAGAUCGAGUGAUGAAAUUCACAGCAGUAAAGAGUUGAAAGUAAUCGAGAAUUGGCUGGAGAUUCUAUCGAAAAUCCUCGAGGUCUCUUCCCCAAAUGUACGAGACGUUAUUGAAAAUGAUGGGGCAGUCGUUAAUUCGUUGAUGCGAAUACUGGAGCCGUACAAAACUCCUGAGAAUCUCAAGAUGAUUGCCAUGGAGGAGCCACAGAUAAUAGACUGCAUUCAUCAGACGAUUGAACUUAUCGAGUGGUUUCAAAAAAGUCGAUUUGAUGUUGAUGUCACAGUGGUUUCUAUUGUACUGGAGAUCAUGUAUCAGUUGCAUAUUUUGACGAGUUCUAAUUUCAACGAGACAGGGGAGAACCUGCGAGUGAAGGAGCUUCGAAAGUAUCUAGAAACUUACUGGAUAAAGUUGCAGUCCCCUGGAGGUCUCAACAUUUCAGAACUUCUUGAACUUUCAUCAGCAGAAACGAAGCAUUAUCUGAUAAAUAAUUUCUGAAAGUCAAACUUUCCUAGCCCUGCAGCAGGAAGUGAAUCAUUUCAUUCAAUCGUUGCAUUGUGAUAAAUUUCGAUGGACGAUGGGGCAGUAAAUUUAAGUGUCCUUGACUGAGGCUCUACGAUAACUAUUGGCUAAUGUAAAGGUGCACGUACGAGUGAGCAUGAAAAUUAAUAAUCAAACCGUAAAGAAGCUGAACUGAAACGAAUAUGCGACAAGAACAAUGAAUUUAUUUUCACUGGAAUCACAAUUUACUUUCAAAACAUCUUUGAAAGCAAAGGGGUUACUCUGAUGUUCAGAGAAAUUUCUCAAAGAAGUUCUUUGUGGAGAAUUUAAAGUAAAAGCGGCAUUUUCCAAUUCGUUUUGUAGUCGAUCCCUUGCGAAGUUUACCAUGUAAAUAUCUCGAGAGUGAUUAAAGUGAGACAUUGGAAUUCAUGAAUUCAUUUCAAAUUAAAUCACAGAUUAUUUUGAGAAUGUCUCUGAAAGCAAAGAGUUCACAUUAUAAUGUCCAGAUAAAUUUGUCAAAGGAUUUCUGUGACAAAUUCUUGAAGUUUAAAAAAACAUUUCAGUGAUGUUUGCUAAAUAAUCUGCAAAACCUUGUGAACUUUGAAAUUCUGAAAUCAAUUUUCUUGUGAAGUGUAUGAUGUAAAUGAGAGUGAUUAAAGUGAGACAUUUGAACUCAUGAAUUCAUUUCAAAUUAAAUCACAGAUUAUUUUGAGAAUGUCUCUGAAAGCAAAGGGUUCACAUGAUAAUCUCCAGAUAAAUUUGUCAAAGGAUUUCUGUGACAAAUUCUUGAAGUUUAAAAAAACAUUUCAGUGAUGUUUGCUAAAUAAUUUGCAAAAC